AUGGGUGUCAUCAAAUCUCUUGCACUUGUCCUCGCCUCCUUACAACUUGGCAUCGCGACACAAACUUUCCAAAAUGGUGGCACCACCGCUGGCUUCGAUUACGUUCUGACCGAGAACCAAGGAAAGGUCCUUCAAGUGUCUGAUAUUACCUACAAAGGCAGCACCGCUCUCCUAAUGCAGCAAACCUAUACCCCUGGUUACACAGGCCGAUACCACUCUGAAGUAUAUCACAAUCAGGGCUACAAGCGCGGCGACGAGUUAUUCUACGGCUUCAUGUUCCGUUUAUCUUCAUCUUGGGAAUUUGAUCAGCAAUCAUACAAUAUUGCUCAGUUCAUUGCUGAUCGACCUGGAGCCGGGUGCGAUGACGAUGACUGGAUGCCGUCGUCGCUCAUCUGGCUAGAGGGCAACCAGCUCAACUCCAGAAUCGUCAGCGGCAACUACCGCCAGCCUGAUUGCAGUCGCUCUUUCACCGGCACGGGAAACAUCGCAACUGUAUCGGCGGGCGUGUGGCAUAAAGUGAUUAUUCAAGCCAAAUGGGCCAGCGAUAGUUCAGGCUAUUACAAGAUGUGGUUUGAUGGGAACAAGGUAUACGAGCACUACAACAUUGCCACAACAACCAACGACGACUAUGUCUUUGCGUUCCGCGUGGGGCUCUACGCCAACGGCUGGCAUGAUGACAAGCAUAUGGUUGGCAGCCAGGGCUUCCGCCAGAUUUGGUAUGAUGAGGUUGCCGUUGGUACUACUUUUGCAGAUGUAGAUCCUGAUCAGUAUGAAUAA